AACUCAAAAAAGAAUAGCUAUCCAGGUGCAGAGGACCAUUCCCAGAACGGAAUGGCGCACUUUCUUCAGGCUUCCGGGCCUCUCCGCACUCUCUCCAAGAGACACUCGCUUUCCUCUCCUCUUACUCUGCUGCACACUCGACGUACGAGAUCCCUCUUUUGCAAAAUGUCAGCCGAGUCGGCCCCCCUGACUCACUCCAUCACCCUCCCGAGUCGACCCCGUGAGCCCGUACAGAUUGUAGCCGCACCUGGCAUCUCCAAUACUGAGUUCAGGAAUGCUAUUAAUUCCUUCUUGUUCAAGCAAUGGUUGAAGAACCUGCAAACCGAAACUGGAAUUUUAGCGAACCAUGCGCUGUCACUGAAACGUGUGCUUAUCCAGGGAGUCGAUAUGUUUGGAGAGCGCGUUGGUUUUCUCAAAUUCAAAGCUGACAUUUUGGACAAGGAGACAGGAAAAAAGGUUCCAGGUAUUGUAUUUGCACGAGGUCCAGCUGUAGCCAUACUGAUCCUCUUGGAGUCGGAGGGUGAAACUUAUGCUGUGCUUACCAAACAGGUUAGGGUCCCUGUUGGGAGGCUUAUUUUGGAAUUGCCUGCUGGAAUGUUGGAUGAUGACAAGGGUGAUUUUGUUGGCACUGCAGCUCGGGAGGUUGAGGAGGAGACUGGUAUACACUUAAAUCUAGAAGACAUGGUUGAUCUCACGGCCUUCCUGGAACCAUCCACUGGAUCAAGAGUCUUUCCUUCCCCGGGUGGAUGCGAUGAAGACAUUAGCCUCUUUCUGUACCGGGGGUGUGUGGGCAAAGAGAUUAUCAUGCAACUUCAAGGAAAACAAACUGGUCUUCGUGAACAUGGUGAGCUGAUUGAGGUUUGUGUCGUUCCCUAUAAAAAACUCUGGCGCAUGACACCUGAUUCAAAGGUUCUAAUGGCCGUUGCUCUUUAUGAAAUGGCCAUGAGAGAAGGGUUACUACCACAUUCAGAGGCCUAAACUGCAACUUUUCAGCCACAAGGCGCUCUUCAUGUUGACUGUUUAUGGAAUCACGGCACUAGUCAUUCUAUAUUCUGAAUGAAUUCGCCAUGCGGUAUUAAACUCCAAAUUCAUUUUUCAAAUGAUAAUCAUUUUACUUGGAUUACCUCGAUGGAGAAUGGAAUUGUGUAAUCCGAUCCCAAACACUUACAAGUAGUGAUCUUUGAUGUCACUUAUUGAAAUCUACCACAUCUCGACAGAUGGCUUGAUGGAGCUACAAUGUUUUGUAUGGUACGGAAUUUCUGUUAUAUCUUGGAGGUAUAUUAUUUUUUUCUUCCCUUUCGGUUGAGUUAAUUUGACCAUAGGUUAUGCAGUUAUCUUCAUGGUUGUCAGAGCCCAGACUUGUUGAAGAACACUGAAAAGCAGGCGUCAUUGGGUUUCUUGGAAAUUUUAAUCUUCAUUUUAGUACUAUAUCGGGACCUUAUGAACUGGAUGGAUGCAUACAUAGAAUGGCAAUUAAUAUAAUUUUUCAGCGGUUCCUUUUUCUCCA